CGGUGGGGUUUUAUUGUGUUGCGCCAUUUUGUACGCUGUUCAUCUCUCUUGUCUAUAAUUUUCGGAUAGAUCGACUUUAUGGGCAAGGUUUUCCUGGUGUGGUAAUUAUGUAUACGGUGAUAUAAAAUGGAUACGUGGUCAAAUUUGUGCCGUUCCUGUCUGUCUUCAAAUACUACGGUAUCUUUACUGGGUGCAGACGAGAGCAUUUUGUUGAAGUUCUAUGAUAUAACGACUAUAGAGGUUAGUGCAGAAGACGGUCUGCCGCAGAAACUGUGCGGUGACUGUUACUCAUUACUGACUUCAGCGCACCAAUUCAGAAAGCAGUGCAUCAAAAUGGAUACGGACCUGAAACUACAGUUACAAGCGUUAUUAGAACAGGCCAAAGACCAAUACAGCCAAGAGGCAGACAUGGAUGACAUCAAUCAAGAAGACGACGAUGACGAUAUAGCCAAUGAUCCUGUCAAACAGUUGGAAGCAAUCAUAAAGAAAGAACCAUCUGACAGUGACGAUGACUGCUAUUACGUCCUUGUUAUAGAUGAUCCCAAAGACAAAGAAAAUGAAAAUGAAAAUAUUAUACCAGAUAAAUCUGUUGCACCAGACAAACCAGACUUUGAAACGACAAUUGACAUGUCCCACAUUAAAUCUGAAUUAAUCGAUCCUGUACCAGCUGAAAAUGAGCAGCCGAUCGAACCAUUAGAAGAAUUCAAUCAAACUCACAACCAGUUUGAAAAUACUAUAGACUCGUUUCUGGUUUCAAAUACAAAAAUCCCAGUAAAUGUUCCAGCAACAAUAUUGGAGAAUGAGGAAGAGAGUCAAGAUAAUGAUGAUUAUAAUAAUGUGAUGGAUACAGACACGCAAGACAGUAAUUCGCAAGAUCAAGGGUUACAGGAAAUCCAUGACGACCAAUCUCAAAUGGAAAUACAAACUUAUACAGGUAACAUUGUCAGCAACUUACCCAAUUCCAAGAAUUUUAUCAAAAUAUUAACUACAGCAAAUGCAGAUGGCACUAUAGUUCUUAAAGGCACCGAUGGUAUUGAGUACCUAACAGAUUCCCAACUUGUACGAAGUGCUGACGGCGAUCAGAUGGAUCAGGAGGAAGUUAUUUUCUGCGAAGGAGAUGAUUCGUCACCAUUCCAAAUACUCAAGUGCGAGGGAUCCGAAUUGGUUAUUGAGUAUGCACAAGUAGAAGAUGGACAAAUUGCAACUGUAUUGCAACAAGAAGAUGGUACAUUUCUGUGUGAUUGUGGGGAACAAUUCGAAGAUCUAGCUGAGUAUGAAAAGCACCGGUAUAAGCAUAACCCAGCCGGUGAACAUCUUUGUAAUUUGUGCGGUAAAGGUUUCGAAUCUGCUCAAAUUUUGACCGGGCAUACACUACUUCAUAGCGUCACUGGUAUGUUGCUCUUAUGUCCGUUUUGCAAUCAACCAAUAAGAAGAAAUGCAUUGACUCAACAUAUAAAAUAUGCUCACAAUAACAUCAAACCUAAAUGCAGUAUCUGCUUCAAGACUUUUGCUAACCCAAAUAAUCUAAAACGCCACAUGAUGAUCCACAGUGGGAUCAGAGAAUUUGAAUGUGAUAUUUGCCACAAAAGAUUCCACCAAAAAAUUUCAAUGCAAACUCACAGAUUGACUCACAUGAAUCCCUAUUCUUGCAACCAAUGCGAUGAGACGUUUGAGAACAAAGAAGCUUUAGCUACACAUAAAGAUGAUGGCAGCUGUGACAAAUCUAAGAUAACCAAAGUUAAAACUGAACUAUUGAAGACUGUGAAACAAGAAAUCACUACAAAUAUAGGCAAAGUGGUUGGCUAUGCUUGUUCACUGUGCAAGAAAAUGUUUUCACUAGAAUCUGCUUUAGAACAGCACGUUGAAAGUACACACAUGAUAGACCCAACAGAAUUGAUAUGUUCGGAAUGUGGUGAGGUUUUGCCUUCGAAGAAAGAAAAGCUCUCACACAUUUUGAUACAUAAGAAUGCAAAGAAUAAAACUGUUAAGCGAUUUGAAUGCAGCAUUUGCGGUAAAGGAUGCUCUAGUCAGGCAAUGUUGAUCAUGCACGAAAGAGUUCAUACGAAUGAGAGGCCAUAUCCCUGUCAGCUGUGCUCUCUUCGAUUCAAAACAAAGACUCAUUUACGGACACAUCAAUUGACUCACACACGAGAGAAGAAGUUUGGGUGCUCUGUGUGUAUGAAAUUCUUUGCAUUAAAAGGCAAUCUGGUGGUGCACCUCAGAACUCAUACUGGUGAACGCCCAUACAUCUGUUCAAUUUGUGGAGAAGCAUUUAUAGAUUCCAAAUAUUUGAAAAAGCACAAACUAAGAAAACAUGCAAUAGAAAAUGUUCCAUGGAACAAAUAUUAGUACUGUUUCAAACUAUAGUCUUAAUUUUUCAGUUUUUGUGAAUUUUGUAGACAAAACUAUUUGAAUUUCAUGGAAUGCAUUCUUUUUCAUGGUCACUGGAAUAAUUUUUGUUUGUAUAAUUAUGUGCACUAGGUUUUACUUUUAUUUAAAGAUAGCCUGUGGCCGUUUUCUUGUAAAUUUUGCUUAAAGCAAGUUGAAUGAUUGUGUUAGUCAGUCAUUUGUAUGUUAUUUAUAGAUCUCCACUAUGAUUUUUCUACUUGUAAAUAUGGCAUAAUAUUUUAAGCUUAAUCUAAAGUAAAACUUUGAAAUGAACUGAAUUUUAUACUUGUUCCCAGCUUUUUAAAGUAAUGGUUAUAAGUUAAUCAUAUAUUUAUUGUUGACAUUUUGUGAUAUUUGUCAAUUUCAGCUUGAAAGUUUUACAUACACAGGUUGUAAAAUUAGAAUAAUGCA